AAACUACAACCAAUGAAAAAACAGGAAACACGUCAUAAAGAGUUUCCCUCAAAUUCCCAGGUUCGAUUUAUUACAAGUCCAAACUCCAAUUUCUGUAGACCAGAAAUCCAAAAUUCAUCCUUCCUUUAUUCAACUUUCCCAGAAAUCACAAUUUCUUAGUCAGAAAAAUCAAUUGUUUCAAUUUUCUGUCUCAAUUGGAUCCCAACUUCACUUCAAUUUAGGGAUCCAAGAGAGAAAAAACUCAAAAUCAAACAUCAAAGAUGCAUUCUUUUGGGUACAGAGCUAAUGCACUGCUAACUCUAGCUGUAACAAUUCUUGCAAUUAUGUGCUGCGUCGCUUCUUUUUCUGACAAUUUAAAUUCCCCUUCUCCUACUGCCGACAUUAAGGUGGUCAGCAUUCAUAGAUUUCAGAAACUCUCCAGUGGCAAUGAUGAGGUUGCCAUGGUGCUGAAUAUUUCAGCUGAUCUCCAGUCAUUGUUUACAUGGAAUACAAAGCAGGUGUUCGCAUUUGUUGCUGCUGAGUAUGAAACCAAAAAACAUGUACUGAAUCAGCUUUCGCUCUGGGAUACGAUCAUAGAAUCAAAAGAAAAGGCCAAGUUUUCAGUUAGUAUCUCAAACAAGUACCGAUUUACUGAUCAGGGAAGCAAUUUGCGAGGCAAGGAGUUCAACUUAACAUUGCACUGGCAUGUAAUGCCCAAGACUGGAAAGAUGUUUGCUGACAAAAUUGUGCUGUCAGGAUACCACUUACCAGAGCAAUACAGAUGAUCCACCUAUUGAUCUCUUCAAGUUAAGACUGAGGUUUAGAGUUUCUUAUUUAAGGAUUUUGACAUCACAUGUUUAGACAAAAGUUAAAGCAAUGAAAAGAUAAGCUUUUGGACUUUUUAUUGUCAAGCAAAGGUGAACAAGAAAGCUUUGAAUUUCAUUCUAGUUACGUAUUUCCUCAGAGAGGGAAUAAGAUUAUAACAACUGCACCGGCAAAUAACAAUAGCAGCAGAAUUUUUCACAAUGAAAAGCUGAUUUCCACUACUGUACAAUGAUCAAUGAUAUGAUUUUGUGUAUAUGACCAUGAUAAAAUGGAAGAAGCAUGGCUACAAAUUUUUCUUGGCA